AUGAGCCGCGCGUCUGUUCAUCGCGGGAUCAAGCGCUUUGCGACGCGUAUGGCGCGCUGGUCUGAUAUGUACCUCAACUAUUUUCGGGUUCAUAUGAUGUACUUUAUCGUUAUGAUCAUGUUCUGGUCCGCGAUCAUGUAUGCAUCGAAUCCCAAGGAUCACUAUAUCCCGUACAUCGACUGCCUUUUUAUGUGCGCCUCAGCGAUGACAGUGACGGGUCUCGUUUCCGUGCCGGUGAGUGACCUGACCCUGUGGCAGCAAAUCAUCUUGUUCUGUCUCAUGUGCUGUGGCAACCUCAUCAUGGUCAGCACGACCACGGUACUCGUUCGCCGCCAUUGGUUUCGUGCCAAGUUCCGCAGAGAGCUCGGACGCAGCUUCACUCUCCGAAAGCGCGUCGAAGACGUGCAUGCACGCGAGCAACAAGAGCUGCAGGACGAUAUCAAGCGCAUCCGUCGCUUCUUCCACUUUCCCACGACGAGUCAUCCAGAUCCAGCGAAUGCGACGUCGCGCAAGCCGACACAGAAGCCCAAGCUCCAUGCAGGCAUGAUUCAGCGGGUGCAGGGCCCCGCCGUCCAAGUGAACCCCACGGGGCAACACACUACGAUGGUGUCGAAUCCAGAGCCGGAGAGCAUCUUGCAAGAGCAUCGCUCGUCUGCGGAUGCCUCCGUGCGCAUCGCUGAUCAGCCCCCUUCCUCACAGAACAAGACCAAGCUUCGCCGGUUGUCCUUCGGCGAUGCCCCCCUCCGCCGCCCCUCGGAUCUUUGGCACACGAACCUCAACCUCAAACCCACGCACACCGUGGCGCCUACCAUGGGCCGGCACGAUUCCAUGACGCACGCCAUCCCGCUGACACAUGCACGUACUUGGCAGGUAGGCGCCGACUCUGCACCCGACACCGAGUUGGACGAGCCGGAACCAGAGUCCACUGACUUCACCAAGCUUCCUGGCCAAGCCUUGCAUCGCACUAUGACCAAAAAGCGCGAUACUGGUCUCGGUGGAUUUCCUUCCGUGUUCGACUUUGCCUUGUCGCUCGUGGAAAUGACCUCCCUGCGUCACCGUACACGGAUGCCGGCUGCGCGGACCAUGACCAUGUCACGACCGUUGACGGACAAUGACAAAGACACAACGACCAAGUUUGCUCCUUACCUCACCUUUGACGCGCUCGUCACAGGCAACUCUCACUUUCGCAACCUGACGUCCGCUCAGCGCCGCGAGCUCGGUGGUGUGGAAUACCGUGCCUUAUCCUUGCUGUCAUGGCUGAUUCCGAUCUACUGGUUCGUUUGUGUGGCGAUCGUGAUUGUGCUCACAGCGCCGUACCUAGCAUCGGAUCCCGCUGCCCAGUACCGUGUGGUGCUGGCAGAUCAGCCCAAGCCACCUCGCAACUCUACUUGGUUUUGGAUCUUUCAGACGGUGAGUUCCAUGACCAAUACUGGCAUGUCACUAUGCGACUCAAGUCUCUCCAACCCUCUGCGACAGUCGUAUAUGAUGCUUGUACCCCAAAUGAUCCUCAUCAUCAUCGGCAACACAGGCUUCCCCAUCAUGCUGCGCUUUGUCAUUUGGUUCAUGUCCCGGUGUGUGUCCAAGCAAUCCAGGACCUAUGAGACGCUUUCUUUCCUCUUGGACCAUCCGCGGCGCUGCUAUCUCUACCUCUUCCCAUCUCACAACACGUGGUUCCUUUUGUUUGUCCUAUUUAUCCUCACUGUGAGCGACUGGUUUCUACUCAUGAUCUGCGACUUGGCGACAAGACAUGCUUUUCCCAGCAACGGUACAUGGAUCUUCUCAUCGCUUUUCCAAUCGGUCUCGACGCGAUCCUCUGGAUUCCAGACAUUCGACAUUCUAAGCCUCACGGCCUCAGAGCGCCUGCUAGAAGUGGUGAUGAUGUACAUUGCUGCGUUCCCUCUCAUGAUGACCAUGCGCAGCACCAAUGUGUACGAAGAUCGCUCGCUGUUCGUCGAGGAACCAUCUGAACAGACCGACGAGUCCGAGUCUCAGGCUGUAUGGGGCCGCUUUAUCGGCACGCAUAUUCGCAAUCAGCUCGCGUACGACUUGUGGUGGGUCAUGUUAGCUUUGUGGAUUGUGCUCUUGUGCGAAAAAAACAAAGUCGAGUCUGAGGAAUACAAGACGAUGUCUGUAUUUGGCGUGAUCUUCGAACUGAUAUCGGCCUACGGCACGGUCGGCAUGAGUUUUGGUGCGACGAAAAUAUCGGCCUCGCUCGUGGGUGACAUGUCAGUCCUCUCCAAACUCGUGAUUGUGGCUGUCAUGAUACGUGGUCGUCAUCGCAACCUGCCCAGUGCCGUCGACCGUGCUGUAAUGCUCCCCCACUACCUGGAGCACCAUGACGAAGUGCAAGACCAGACGAUAACCUCUCGACCUUCCAUGUCUCUUCCCCCUGAGGACGCAUUACCUCGCUCGUCUAGCAGGGCCUCCCACGAGCCCACCAUUCGACGUCGCACCAUGUCGCGCACUCACACGCGCUUCGCGGAUGAUCCUGUCGUGGAUCACUCGAGUCUUUCGUUCCAGCCUCCCCCUCGUGUAGAGUCCCCUUCCUCUAUGCUCUAG